UCAUACUUUCAAAUACAAGUGGAAAAAUUCAUAUUUGAUAAAAUGCUUUCAAGUAAACCUCUAAACUUGCAUUUAAAACUGCCACAUCAUUGUAGGCCUAAUUGAUUUUUUUUUAUUUUGAUUUUUUACAUACAGUAUAUUUCCAUCUGAACUAUGAAGAAUGCUGCAGUGCCUCAUAUUGUCGUGUGCUGCAUUCCACAAAUACCUACGUUAUAUUUAAGCCCACUUUGAUGCCUGUUUCCAGCCUUGGAGCCUCUCUGCUCCGCUCAUCCUGAACUCCGGAUCAUUCAAGUUUGAACCACUCGGAAGCUGCUCACAGAUCCCGCUUUUGGUAGUUGAAGUUCGGUGCCAAAAUAGUAGCGACUCUUUUGGUAAUGGCAGCAGUGCGCGCGAUUCCUUUAGGGGUGAGAGGAACAAUGGCAUGGCUAAACCAAGGGGCAAGAUACAGAAACUAUGUCUUAAUUAAGGUUUGGGGGAAACAAAUGUAGACAGUUCUAAAUAUUAUUUUCCAACUAUGGCAUGAGGAGGCUGUGCGCGUUUUUCUCUCAUUCUGUGCGUAAUUCUUCCAGUCACACCAGCACUCUGCUCACAUCUGAUCCUGAUGCAUCCUGGAAAAAUGUGUGUUGUCUAAGAAAGUGGAAUAAAAUUCAAAUAGAAGGAAUUUCAUUGAUAAUCUGCUUGUCUCAUCCUCACUGUCACUGGGAGGGGUUUUGUGUCAGAAGACCUGAUUGGUUUGGAGGUGGGCCUCCUCUGCCAAGCCCACAGCAGCAGCAGGUAUAUAUGCCUUUAAACUGCAGCAGAAGGAAGUAAGGAUUCUUCAUCUUAUACUCAUCAAAACUUAUCCUACCUUCCACCUGAGGCUGUGAGAUGAAGACCCAGCAACAUCUUCAUGUGGCCACUCCAGUGAGGCAAAGCCUUGCCCUCACCAAAGUCGCUGGGACCUCUGUUUAUCUCAAGCUGGAUUCAUCUCAGCCGACUGGGUCCUUUAAGAUCAGGGGCAUCGGACACCUCUGCAAAACUUGGGCAGAGCGAGGAUGUGAGCGAUUUGUCUGCUGUUCAGGAGGAAAUGCUGGCAUGGCAGCAGCUUAUUCUGCCCGGCAGCUUGGGGUUCCUGCCACUAUAGUCGUGCCAAGUGUCACACCAAACCUGACAGUGGAGAGGCUGAAGGACGAGGGGGCCACGGUGGUCAUCCACGGAAAGGCUCUAAAUGAAAGCAUCGAAUACGGACAGCAGCUCGUGGCAAACAACCCCGGCUGGAUAUUCAUCUCUCCCUUCGAUGAUCCCCUCAUCUGGGAAGGCCACACGUCUCUGGUGAAGGAGUUGGAGCAGGACCUGAGGGAGAAGCCGGGAGCCAUCGUGCUGUCGGUGGGAGGCGGAGGCCUGCUGAACGGGGUGGUGGAGGGGCUGCGUCGCGCCGGCUGGGCUGACGUGCCCAUUGUAGCCAUGGAAACCAUUGGAGCACACAGCCUCAAUGCAGCCAUGAAGGCAGGAAAGCUCGUCACUUUACCUGCAAUCGCUAGUGUUGCGACUACACUGGGCCUCACAAGAGUGUCUGCACAGACAAUGAAGCUGGUGGGAGAGCAUACGGUUUUCUCAGAAGUAGUCACAGACCAGGAGGCUGUAAAAGCUGUCGAACGCUUUGUAGAUGAUGAGAAGGUCCUGGUGGAGCCGGCCUGUGGAGCCGCUCUGGCAGCUGUGUACAGUGACAUUAUCAAAAGGCUGCAGGAUGACAGCAAGCUGGCGCCGCAGCUGGGCCCGGUGGUCGUUGUGGUGUGUGGAGGCAACAACAUCAGCAUGGAGCAGCUGAAGAGGCUGAAAAAACAGCUCGGUGUUUUCUAGCAUUACCUUGGGUUUUCCCUGACCUUACCUCUCUGUCUCCAUCACUUGGUCUCAAGCCCUAAACCCCAUUAUUCAAUGCGCUCCGUGGACCGGAUCAUUCCAGACUGAAACUCCCACGAGCACUGAGACUGAAAUAUACGAACGUGAGCUGCUGGAGAGAUUGUUUUAUUUAAAACUAUGUAGGAGGUGGUUUUUAACUGAAGAUUUCUGUAUUAGAAUAACAGAAAUGUGCAGAAAAACUACACUGACAUGUUUAGGUUGCAUUUGUAUUUUGUGUUGCUCGCCUUGUAAACUGCUUCUGUGUUCUUCUCCUGCUUUUAUACUUUGAAAUGUAUUUUAAAUGUAAUACAUUAUAUUUCUCAAUCA